AUAAAUAACAAUUUAUUAUUAUUAUUAUAUAUGGAUAUACUUAUAUAUGAUAUAUUUUUCCAGAGCUAGUAUUGGUAACAUAGCUAUAUAGCUAUAAUUGAUUGAUUGAAUCGACACAUCAUCUGUUUUCCCUAUUGUAAAUUGUAAUGACAUUCAACUUUCAUCUAACCGGAUCAAAUUUGAAAAUAUUCAUGUAUUAUUACUGUUCACCUAAUAUUUUUAAUUAAUCAAUGUAUACACAUCAUUAGUUGUUGAAUACUAAAUUUGGGUUUUUGUAGUUCAUUCUUGAACUUUCGUAUUCCACAAUAUACAAGUGAGGUGGAAUAAAUAACAAAUUGACUUCAUAAUGUCGCGAGCAUCAACGAGAUUUGAUUCAAAAAAAGUAAAUUCAGAACUUGUUACUCUAACUUAUGGAGCUUUGGUGGCACAAAUGGUGAAAGAUGCUGAAAAUACUGAUGAUGUUGGAAAACAAUUGGAAAGAUUAGGUUACAAUAUGGGUGUUCGCUUAAUUGAAGAUUUUCUUGCUAAAACAGGUACAGGCAAGUGUAUGGAUUUGAAGGAUACUGCAGAUAAAAUACAAAGUGCAUUCAAAAUGUAUUUGGGAUUGCAACCAAAUGUUUCUAACUGGAGUCCUGCUGGAGAUGAAUUCUCAUUCUUAUUAGAUUGCAACCCACUUACUGAUCUAGUUGAAUUACCUGAAGAUUUAAAAAAUUUGAAGUAUUGCAAUGUUAUUUGUGGGGCCAUAAGAGGAGCUCUGGAAAUGGUACAACUUGAUGUUCAUAGUUGGAUUAUUCAGGAUCAAUUGAAAGGUGAUCCAUGUACUGAAAUAAGGGUGAAAUUUAUCAGAAGACUUGAAGAUGCUUUACCAGCUGGCGAAGACUGAGAAUUUGUAGAGUAUGCUAUGCAUCCAAAUACUCUUGGAUUAUUGAAUUAAAUAAAGUUUCUUUGAGUAAUUAUAACUUUCAGAUUUUCAUUACAAUUUGAAAAUUCAUGUCAGUAUUCAAUUUUUACCUUCAAUAAGUCAUGUUUCAAAUAAUACAUCUGUAAUCAGAAUAUUGUUACUGUUGAAAAAAGUUUAAUUUACACUUUUUUGAUGUAAAUAAUUUACAUAUUACUACAUUUUUUAAUUAGAGAUAAAACAUAUAUAAUAAAAUUAUUGCUUACAUUUUUUAUAUAAUUUUCCAAUAAAAAAAAGUGCAAUUUAAGAUCGAGUAGUUGAGGGAGCUUUACUUCACUUUAUUUUGGAAUGUAAUUGGGUAUUCUUUAUUAAAUACAUUUUUAUACAGUC